UCAUCGCUAGGGCUAAAUAGAAUUUUGUUUAUUAAUUAAAAUUGGUAUAAAAAUAUGUCGUACCUGGCCAGCUUUAAUAAUGAGAGCGCCAAACAAAUACUGAUGGAUAUAAUACGCACCGUUAACCAGCCGGACAACUCCAAGAAGCUCUCCGAAGCAAAAGCCUCAGCUGGCAAGGAGAUGAUACUCAUGAUGCAGUACGUAUUCCCAUUGGUAAUGCAGCUGCAGCUGGAAGUGAUCAAAAUGCAUGGAUUCCCUGGUAACCGCGAAGGUCUGGUGCAGUUCUCGCAACUGAUAAGAGAGAUGGAACGCGAUGAUACGGAGAUAGCAAGGCUACGCAGCCAGAUACGUGCAAUAUAUCUGCCCCCAAUUGCUAUUAACACUACCAACGAUAUACUCAUUUAAUCGUUGAAUAGCAGGAGUGG